UGAGCUGCACAUCGCCGGAACAUUUGUGUUUUACCGUUGUUUCCGGGGACAGAAUGGUGAGGGCACCGGCCCGGGGUUCAGCGUUACCAUGGUAGCAGACGGUGAUUUGCAGCUUAUCUACUGCAGAGGACAGCGGGGAGACGACUGAACGGGUAUCUUGACAUUGCUGGACACAUUUCACUUCCUUCAGAAAGAUUCUGAGAGAUGCUGCAGUCAGACCUGCUGAGGGGCACCUUCAUUUCCCACCUCUUCAGGUUCAAUGCCAUGAUAAUAACGACCCCUGACUACCUUGUGUAUGAACUGUCCUGGAAACUCUCUAUUUAAAGGGCAGGGAGGGAAUUCAUAGAGACGCAGCCUCCAGGACUGAUUAGACACUACAGAAUACAUUGCAGGAAGGUGAUGAGCAGUGGACGGGUACCAUUGGCUGAAAAAGCCAUGUCAGAAGGUUACGCCAGACUGCGGUACAGAGACACUUCCCUCCUCAUCUGGCAGCAACAACAGCAGAAGCUGGAGACAGUGGCACCUGGGACAUAUCUGAGCCGGAGUCAAAGUAUGUGGUACUCACAGUAUGGGAAUCAGUCCAUCUUGGUCCGCGACAAGAAUAGCAUCUCUAGAGACACCGGACAGUCCAAGUUCUGCACUGUAAUGUGAAGUGGCAUUACCUGUCAACAGUAUUUACUUGUUGCACUUUAUUUAGUCACACAACAGGCUUACAUACUUUUGUUGCAUUAGGAAAGGCAGCUGUGCACUUAAAGGGAACAGUUAUUUGUAAAGAUUUAUGCUGAUCACAUUCAUCAGCUAAACACUUAUGCCGCGUACACACCAUCACUUUAUGUGAUGAAAAAAAACGACGUUUUUAAAAACGUCACUUUAAAUG